AUGUUGUCGGAAGAGAAAAUAAAUAAACUAAAGAAACUUCGACAUAGCGAAUACUGGAAACAAACGUGUGAAGAAUGGGAAAUAUCGUCAUGGGACGUGUUUUACCAAAGAAAAUACCCCGAAACAAAAGAAAUAGAGAGGAAAUCUCACAGUGCCUUGGCGAGCGAUUUGAAA